AUGAUUCGACACCUGAAAAGUUGUCAUGUUGCAGAACACAAAAUAUAUGAACAUGCAAAAUAUCUUAAAGCUCUUAAAAAUAUAGCCGACGACUCUGUCCGUGAACAAUUAUUGCGAGAAUCUGGGGUUCUCAGAGCUAAUAAUCCUCACUUAAAUUUAAACGAGGGGGGAGAAGAAAAUGGGGGAAAUUCUGGUUUUAAUUCUGGUUUUAUCCAAACAUCAGAAUUUUCUCAACAACAACAACAAACAUUUAAUAAUUUACAACAACAACAACAACAAAACUUUGUUUUGUUUCCAAAACAACAUUCUGUUGACAAUUUAAUUACAACACAACAACAACAACAUGUUUCCCCAACAAAUGUUGUUCAAACAAAUGUUUCGACAACAAAUGUUUCUUCUUCCCCAUAUUCUCCAAACAUUUCUUCUUCUAUUAAAAGCAACAAUAGUAGUGGAAUAGGGAGUAGUUUGUGCACGUCUUCUGAUUGUUGUAAUAGUAGCUCUAUUAAUGUUGAUACGAGUUCGUUUUCGUCUUUCUCUUCUCCUUCUGAUGGAGGAGAGUCUUCGGCAUUUAAUCAUGUUGGAGGGAUAGGUGAAUUUUUAUUUUAA